GACAGAAGAAAAACGUUAGUUUUUUCUUCUUUUAGCUAGCAUAAACAGCUAUCGUAGCUGUGUUUUGAGAGGUCUUUGCUUGUACACAGCCCACCAAGACAUAUUCAUCAAAGAACUUUUUCAUCCUGCGAACACACCAAACCCCGUAAAGGUUUCAUAUUCUAAAGGUCACAUUCAUCUGGUACAGUAACAGUGUGGCACUACUGGCAGUCCCGUGACCCAAGAAAAUAAUGUGCUGCGGUUGAAGAUGGGUGGUAGCGGCUCCAAAUCCAAAGGAUUUUGGCCUUUUUCUGGCUCAGGUAGUACGGAUGAUCCGACCAAAGAUGGAAAUGAACAGUCACUGGCAAGAGGUCGAAGUUUCCCAAGUGCAACACCUUUUGUGCUUACUAGACGAAGCUCUAUGUACUUUGAUGAAGAUGGCGACUUGGCCCACGAGUUCUAUGAAGAGACAAUUGUGACAAAAAAUGGACGUAAAAAGGCCAAGCUGAAGAGGAUUCACAAAAACCUAACACCUCAGGGAAUUAUAAAGCUGGAGCACCCUUGUAUCCAUGUAGAUUUCCCAGUUGUCCUCUGUGAAGCCUGAUGAUGUCUGAGGAGCAUCUCAGAGUGUCCACUGUGUUGACUCCGUCCUGUGGUUUCCCCUACAGCUGGAAGCCUGAACCACCUUUUAAAAUAACACGAUCUCUUGAUAUUAUUGAUGCCCUUAUGUGGACAGGCUAAUGCAAUGUGUGCUGAGCCUCUGCAUGUGAUCUGUUUUUGGCUUGUGUGCAGUUAGACACAGAAUAGGUCACCAGUGGAGAUCUAGAAGGGUGCCAAGUUGGCAAAACCUACUCAGUUUACAGAUCGUGGUUUGUAUGCAUGUAAGUGUGAAUGUGUGUGCAGCAACGGGAUGAAGUGUGACAGAGUCCUGAAUUUAUUGCUGCAGAUUGUUUUCUGGUAUGAUUCAUUGAACCACAAGGAGUUUAAGGAGAAUGUAACCAGUUCUUCCCUCUGUCACGGUCAUAUCUGGAGCGAGAAAGUUUAAGUGCACUCUUUAGUUUUUUGACACCGUCAUGACUUGCUUUAUUAUGCAUGGAACAGGAUCUGCUUAUCGGUAGUAGCCUUGGGAGUUGACAAUCAGUGGCCCAUUAAAUCAUAAGUGGAUUAAUGUCAUAAUGUUGGAUGGACUGGCUUCAGUGACCUCAGAGCCACACAUGUUCACAGCAGCAGUGAGUCUAGUAGGAGAUCCUGUUGUUUCCUUUGCUGCUUUGGCAUACUAUGUUUCACUUUUAAUUUAUUAUAACUGUUUUUUAAUUACAAUUUGAAAUGCUGAACUGUGUCAUGGUACUUAUUUUUAAUAUCAAUACCUUAUAGUCAAACAGCAUAUUAAAGUGCAUUUACUUCAUAAAUAGGAAAGAAAAUCCAUUGACAUAUUAUUUUUAUUAUUGCCUCUAAAUCUGAAAAUAUCAAUUGCAUUCUGUAAAUGAUUUUAACUCCAGGUCCACUUCCUGUAGUAUGGAGGGUUUUUUUUCCCAGUGGUUAUAUUCUCCCCCACAAUAUAUCCUGUAUGACUGCCUGUAAAGACAUGACCAAAGAACCAUACUUAGGUCUAAAGUUAGAUCUGCAUAUUGGGGAAUUUUGACAGAAACUAAAUCGGUGGCUUUAAGGGAAGUCAUGAACUCAGUAUUUCUGAAAUCCUGAUACAUGCCAUAUUUUGCAAUUUAUUUUAAUACAAAAUAUUGUGAUAAUGGAGUGGUUUAAUUUCAGUCACAUCAAAUCAUGUCAUGUAGGGAAUUAAGUUCCUGCAGAUGAGUACACACAUGUUAUAUGUU